GAGCUGAUUCAAGUGACAAGGAGAGAGAGAAAGAGAAGCAUCAUUUCUCUGAGCCGUGGGAAGACAGUGAUGUGAUUCUUGUGGUGGAGGAUGAAAAGUUUCAUGUCCAUCGUCUGAUACUGAGUAUGAACUCACCAGUGUUCGAGGCCAUUUUCAAAUCUGAAUUUACCGAGGCAACCGCUGACGAGAUUCCACUUCCUGGGAAAAAAUCUAAUGGAGUGUUAGACUUUCUAAUGAAAAUCUAUGGACCCCAGUACACAAAAAGGGAUGUGGAAAUCACACUGGAAAACGUGGAACAACUUCUGCAGUUAAGUGACGAGUAUCAAGUAACAGAAACACAUUUUCAAACCCUGUGUGAAGUUCCUUGAAGACGAACCUAAAACUAAAGAGAAUGUCAUGAAGAUUCGAGCGCUUGCAGACUUAUAUGCCUUGGAGAAGGUGCAUCAGGACUGCGACAAACUGCUUAGUGGUAUGAAGCUGGAUACUCUCUCUGAAACCGUCCAGUUUGAAAACAUUUAGAAAGGUAAACUGGAGCAUUUUCUGACCCAGAGGAUUAAAGUGUUGGAGGUAUAUCUGGAGGAAUUGUAUCCACAAUCUAUGGGCCUUCUGGGUUGUUGUUUGGUGUUGUUGAAUGAGACAAAACCAAAGAUUAUGAAGUUGUGUACAUCUCAUUUCUACAUAGGAAAAGUGGGGAGUUACCUUGAUAUCAAGAAAUGUGAGGUUUGUCAUAGUAUGGUAGAAGACCUCGCUAAAUGUACUAACCCAAGAGUUCCAUGGUGUAACAUUUAUAAUUAUGCAUCGAGCAGUGCUAAUUGUUAUUAUUUUGACAACAAUCUGCCGGUUGUGCUAGAGAAGUUCUCUCAGAUAAUGACUUAACGACAUUAUAAACGAGGUGUACAUUGAUAUAUUAAAUUGACACAUUAUUUUUCAAUAUGUAUUUUUACCCUAAAGCUCUGACGUUCUUUGUUGAACAUGGAUUUCACGACAAACAUACACAGACUAAGUUACUACUGAAACUCCUGCGCAAUUAUGUAUCUAAAAUAGUUUCCUGAGACAUUUUUUAAAAGAUUCAACGAUGUUCUCAUAUACAUUGACCUAUCUCUUGAACAGUACCAGCUGACGACCUCUAUCGCUCCCAAGAGAAGGGUGCAUGAAAGUAUGCGUGUGAUACUCCAACUUAUAUUAAAAAACAGACAUCUUUGUGACUAUUGUUAAUUAUUAAAAACUGGAUCAUUGGAUAAUGCAAUUCAAGACUUUUUAUUGGCUUAGCCAUUAUGGUA